ACAUCAUGAUCUCUAUAGUCUCUAUCAGGUGCUCACUGAUGAUCAUGUGAUCAAAAUCUCGCAAUUUUUUUUUAUUGGCACCGUUUAUACUCGUCUAACUUCGUUCACGAUUUACUUGUGGUCAUGGGGUUCAUGUAUUUAUUUUUAACGAUUUUGAUUUUAGUAUGGGGGGCUAAAGGCAAGCCUAAUGCGGAAAUCAAAGGAGGAAUGUUAUCCUUACAAAAUUCAGAAUCUCGUGAAGUUAGGUCGCUUGAUGGAGUGUGGGUGUUUCGUGCCGAUGACUCGCCCGGGCGUUUUGCGGGGUUUGACGGUCAGUGGUGGUCUCGGCCUCUCAAUGAGUUUGGACCGGUGAUAGAUAUGCCAGUACCAUCCAGCUUUAAUGACAUCACUCAAGAUGGCUCCCUCAGGGAUUUUGUAGGUUGGGUUUGGUAUGAGAAAGAGUUCUACCCUCCAAAGUCUUGGAUAAACAGUGGUCAAAGGAUUGUACUACGAUUUGAGAGUGCCCAUUAUGAAACUAUUGUUUGGUUUAACACACAGGAAGUGGUGAGGCAUUCUGGUGGUCAUCUCCCUUUUGAAGCAGAGAUAACAGCUCAUCUCUCCUAUGGGCAACCCAACAUGAUUACAGUUGCUGUAAAUAAUACCUUGUCUCCUAACACUCUACCACCGGGGGCAGUAACACACUAUGAUGACCCAACAAUGUAUCCACCCAAUUAUUUUGAGCUGAGCUACCAAUUUGACUUCUUUAACUAUGGUGGAAUCCAGCGAUCUGUCAAACUCUAUACGACUCCAAAUGUCUAUAUUGAUGACAUUGAUAUUGUUACACAUAUAGACACAACAGGUCAGGUGAUGUUCAAUGUUACAGUUGGUGGAGCACCAGCAUCAAAAGUGUCAGCAGAUGUUGACCUACUUGAUAGAUUAGGCAAUGUUGUAGCAUCAAGUACAAAGCUGAAUGGACUACUUGUGGUUAAUGAUGCCAAGCUGUGGUGGCCCUACACGAUGCAUAAUGACUCAGCCUAUCUCUACACAUUCAAGGUUUCGGUUUCCUUUGAAGGCACAAUUGAUGUUUAUCGUCUUCCUGUUGGUAUCCGCACAGUCAAAGUCACAAGUAAACAGUUCCUCAUCAACGAUCAACCAUUCUAUUUCCAUGGAGUCAACAAACAUGAAGAUGCAGAUAUAAGAGGUAAAGGCUUUGACUUGCCCCUCAUCAUCAAAGACAUCAACCUUUUGAAGUGGCUCGGAGCAAACGCAUUUAGGACGAGUCAUUACCCAUACUCUGAAGAGAUCAUGAACCUCUGUGACAGGCAUGGUAUUGUGGUAAUUGAUGAGAGCCCUGCUGUUGGCAUGCAUUUGCGUGAUAAUUUUGUAAAUGCCACCUUGGAGCAUCAUCAUGAAGUUAUGUCGGAGUUGGUACGAAGGGAUAAAAACCGUCCAUCAGUGGUCAUGUGGUCAGUGGCUAAUGAACCUUUCACAACUCUGGAUGUUACUGGACCAUACUUUGAGAAUGUGAUUGCAUACACAAGAAAAUUGGAUCCUCAUCGACCUGUUACAUUCGUUGCAAAUGGACACCCACCAGAAAAAGAUCAUGCAGCCAAGUUUGUGGAUGUUUUGUGUCUGAAUAGCUACUUCUCGUGGUACAGUCAUCCAGGUCAUCUAGAGGUCGUGACCCUUCAGGUCAAUAAUUACCUGUCCACCUGGCAUGAUUACUACAAGAAACCUGUUCUACAAACGGAAUAUGGAGCAGGAACCAUUGCUGGAUUUCAUAUGUCUCCAGCAGUCAUGUUCACAGAGGAAUAUCAGGUAGAGAUGAUGGGAAACUAUCACAUGUCUUUUGAUAAGCUUCGACAGGACUUCUUUAUUGGUGAAUUGGUAUGGAACUUUGCUGACUUCAAUACACAACAAGGCACAAAACGGGUAGUGGGAAACCGGAAGGGGAUUUUCACUCGCCAACGGCAACCCAAAACAGAGGCACAUAUGUUGAGAAAGAGAUACCAUGAUCUUAUUGAGACAUUGGGUUGCUGAGAUGACAUCAAUGAAAUAUAUUGACCUAUACCAGGAUGCAUUGAACAGAAAGAGGAUAUGUACUCAUCAGAGAUGAUGAAAUUGCUUCUGCUGUCCUCAAUAAACGUAACAAAAUUGGCAACCUGCAGACGUUGUGAACACAUCAAUGGCUUCAUCAUAGUACUUGGCCCAUGAAUGAUAGGGCAGGGAAUGCCUCUGAAUAACCGGUGUGAGCUAGGUGUUUUCUUUUCAGAUACUGGGUUUGUAUCCAAGAAGUAUUCAUGUUUACGUUCUGGAAGGAUAAAUUGAGGCCAUUAUCUUUGAUGGAAUAACAGGGUAUUGAUAUGAUAAUGAUCUUAUAUAAAGGGGUUUGCAAAUAGUGAAGAACAUGUUACAGCUGGUACCUUGCAUAAAUCAGUAAACACAGGCUUGAUUUUCAGAAAAGAAAAAUACUCCUGGUGGGUUUUUGUCUCACCUGCAUAGCAGAGUGAGACUAUAGGCGCCGCUUUUCCGACGGCGGCGGCGGCGUCAACACCAAAUCUUAACCUGAGGUUAAGUUUUUGAAAUGACAGCAUAACUUAGAAAGUAUAUGGACCUAGUUCAUGAAACUUGGCCAUAAGGUUAAUCAAGUAUUACUGAACAUCCUGCCUGAGUUUCAUGUCACAUGACCAAGGUCAAAGGUCAUUUAGGGUCAAUGAACUUAGACCAUGUUGGGGGAAUCAACAUCAAAAUCUUAACCUAAGGUUAAAUUUUUGAAAUGUCAUCAUAACUUAGAAAAUAUAUGGACCUAGUUCAUGAAACUUAUACAUAAGGUUAAUCAAGUAUCACUAAACAUCCUGCAUGAGUUUCACAUCACAUGACCAAGGUCAAAGGUCAUUUAGGGUCAAUGAACUUUGGCCGAAUUGGGGGUAUCUGUUGAAUUACCAUCAUAACUUUGAAAGUUUAUGGAUCUGAAACAUGAAACUUGGACAUAAUAGUAAUCAAGUAUUACUGAACAUCCUGUGCAAGUUUCAGGUCACAUGAUCAAGGUCAAAGGUCAUUUAGGGUCAAUGAACUUUGGCCAAAUUGGGGUAUUUGUUGAAUUACAGCCAUAAAUUUGAAAGUGUGUUGGUCUAGUUCAUAAAACUUGGACAUAAUAGUAAUCAAGUAUCACUGAACAUCCUGUGCGAGUUUCAGGUCACAUGAUCAAGGUCAAAGGUCAUGUAAGGUCAAAGAACUUUGGCCACGUUGGGGGUAUUUGUUGAAUUGCCAUCAUAUCUCUAUAAGUGUAUUGGUCUAGUUCAUAAAACGUGGAAAUAAGAGUAACCAAGUAUCACUGAACAUCUUGUGCGAGUUAUAGUAGUUUUCAAAAUCAGCACUGCUGCUAUAUUGAAUCGUGUGAUGCAGGUGAGACGGCCAGAGGCAUUCCACUUGUUUCAUAAAGCUGUUUGUUAGUUAAGAACGACUUUAAGAACGACUGGUGGUAAAUGGUAUUUUCAUUGGCAAUGCUUUAGCGCGUAAGAAAGGAUCACCCGUCGUUCUUAAAGUCGCUCUUAACUUACGAACAACUUUAUGAAACAGCUUUCUGAUAUAUUAUUGCUGACUAUGCUCUAAGAAAUUUUGUAACACUCUUCAAAUGUGAUACUGUAAACGCUGUUAUUUUCCCGGGAUCAAUUUUCUGCUUGGCGGCUUCAAAACAUAUUCGCAGGUUCUUGAAUAUGUGCUGCACACUCCAUAAUCACAGUCACUUCCUUCUUCCCCAUCUGUGAAUGGUUUUGAUUAACAUUUCAGCAACCAAAUUGCAUUUUCUGAUCAUAAUUCUAACUCUAAAGCGCCGUAAUUCAGCAUUGUUUUGAGCCAAUCAUGAGCUUUUGUUACAUUUAUUGUAACUUUUCUUUGCGGAGCGGACAUUUGAGAAAGCCGAUCCCAUUCGUUUAUAAGGCGGCGUGUGUCUUUGUUCAACCCCUCCUUCUGGGAAGUCAUUGGAUUUAUUCCCCUCCAGAAGAAUUCCAGAACUUUAGAAUUUACUGGAUCUUGACAUUGUUCUCUCUCGAGAUCCUCUGCUGAAAUGCUUAUCACUAUUGGGUUCCCACGCAGGUCUACCUUAAUUCCACAGACUUGGCCUUCUUACUCAUCUUCCAUGCUAUCAUACAGAUAUGCCCUGACGAUGCUUUCAUCCUGCGUUUCACAUCCCCCUUUGGCUCCUAAUGGGGCUCCAGACGGGAAAGAAUGUCUUCAUUUGUGUUGAGGCGUCCAGGUUUGUCGUGAAUUGCUACCCAUCUCUACUCUGUCACACUGAGAGAUGCAAUUUCCAGAUGCACCAAUGGGUUGUGAUCAGUGAAAUCAUCUCCCACAGAUCCAAGCAAAUAAUCCUUUAAAAUUUUCUCAUUUCAAUGCCAGUAGCUCAAGCUUGAAAGCACUGUAGUUGACAUUAUUCCUCUCUGCUUUCCCAAUUCCCUGACUUGCAUAUGCAAUCAUAUGCUCCUUCCCAUUGAUCUGAUGUGAGAGGACUGCCCCAGCCCUUUAUUGCUGGCAUCUAAGGUUUUGUGAAAUCUAGGUAUGCUAGUACUGGUGGAUUGGUCAACCACUGAUGAAGUUUGCAGCUUCUUAAAGCAGAGGGUAGGACUUUUAGUGGUAGGACUUGGUGGUGGUGUUUGUGACUGUAUCUUGAAAUCAGUAUGCUGCAUGUAACUUAUUGAGACACGAUCGACAGAUGUAGUUGGCUGUGGUUAGACUUGGAGCUGGUGUAUCUGGAGUUCCAGCAUAUACAGGCAGGCCUGACCCAGCGGCAGGGGCGGGAAGAUUCAGUCGUAAGAGCUUUUCUUCAAUAUCUCGAUCUACUUUCUUGUAAUUCCUACAAGUUACAAUAUCUUUCUGACAAAGAAAAUAGAUCCUGGUGUUCAAAGUCAUGAUGUUUACUAGCUAGGUCUUUUCCAUUGGGAUCACAUGUCGAGUUUCUCUCUCGUACCCCGGAACGAAUUGUUGUGGUCCCUUGGAACAGAUAGGCUAGAAUAGUGCGUCAUUAUGCACAUUUAUAAUUUGUAAUAGCUAUCAGGUACGCACGUCAUGUAUUAUAACAGAUAAGUAAAUGGCUACAGACUUGCAGAAAGACUAUAUUCAGUAACUACUUCGAAGCGGAUACAAGAUGUGAGAGAAAACAAAUAAUUCUUCAAUUAAACUCCAAAUAAAGUAGAUUGUUUGACACAAGAGCUUAUUUAUUCAU